AUAUCUAAUCGGUUACACUUUUCAUAUCACAAUUCUUCCCUUUAGUUUACAAUCGGUGAUUUAGUCUAGUGAUCAACGCGUAAGACUUACACCACUGAUUCGUUCAGGUUUUAACGAUGCUAAUGCAAUGCCGCUGAAGGAUCCCAAAGUCUCGACUGAUGAUCGGACGUACUUUAUCUCAUACACUGAUACAAUAUAGCGGAUUUAGCAAGUUUGUAAGUGAAGAGACCAGUUCUUUAAAGAAUCGAUAAACUAUGAAUCCGCAAAACAAAAAUGAUGCCUAUCAGAUAAUUUCGGAAGACGAAGAGGAGACAUUCGCAGUAAGUGACGACAGCGGUGAUGAAACGACAAAGAAAUUACGUACAAGAGACAAGUGCAUUACGUGUUCCGCUGAAGAGGGAGUUUUAAACUUGACUGAUAUACCCGUGCAUUCUGAUCCGCCAUCAACGGGUACUGGAGAAUCAAACAAAUGGGACGUCUUACCGGAGACAUCGCAGAACGACGUGACAUCAAGUGACCUUGACUUCUGGAAUAACACUUUCAAGGUCACGAAGGUCGUUUUCGCAUUUGUCUUGUUCGUUAUCGUCCUCGGAACUGCCAUAAUCUCGAAGGGAACGCUGGUUCUGAUCGUCUCCAACACUUUCCCGCCAAAUGCUCUACAUAACUCGAGUCUGAAGACGGUAAACGGAUACUUCCGGCACCACACAACAGACACUGCAACAAGGUAUAUCUGGUCCCUGGUUUUGAUUGUCCUGACUCCCUAUGUCUACAUUAUCAUCUCGUGUCUGCGGCGACUCAUCUUUAAGAAAAUAAAGCCGAUACAAAUCGAGCCUUUGGUUUUGAUGCUCGUGACGGAGACUACGCACUCAGUCGGACUGAGUAUCUUUCUGUUUGUCCUAUUGCCAAAUCUAGACCCUGUUUCCGGUUCCGCUUUCUGCAUGAGUGCGGCUCUUAUUCCCGCCAUACUGAACCUCGUAUAUCCAGACAGUUCACACAAAAAAUCAGAAAAUUCCAAAUGGAAAAUCGUUAGGCGAGUAGUGUCACUUGUUGCCAUGGUAAGCAGUGUGCUUUCCACAGCGUUCUGGGCUGUGAACGUUCACAGGAUGGAGGGAGCGCGGCAGAAGGACCCCCCCGGCCUCCUCAUCUUGUUCAUAUUUGCUCCCAUUUGUGUUUCCAUCACUUGGUGGGAGAAUUUUGUUCCAAAUGGGGACGGAAAUGCCACCGGCCUUAAAAGAAUAAAGCGCCAAUUGCGCGACUGCAAGACCAGGGUCUAUUUGAUCGUGUACACGUGGAAAAUCGCCGUCACGAUUGCCGUAGUAACCGUCAUUUACACCGUGGACUGCGCCGACGGAACAAGCUGCCUUGAAACGCUCUAUUACGUCCGACACAACGCGACGCUGCUAUCCGAAACGUUUGGAAAAACAUUGUUAGUCGAGAACUUCGUGCACGGAGAAUGCUCACCUUAUCUACCGCUGUUCGUCGCCAUCGUGAAUAUCUUGUCAAGCUUUGUCUGUUACAAGUGUUGUGUCGUCGCCACCAAAAUCCGCACUCAGAUCCCGAGUUUCUCGCUGCCUAUCGUGCUGGCCACCCCUAUAACGGUCGCCAUCAUGACCACCGAGUUGAUGCAAAACGAGCUAUCAAUGACCUCCGGGUGUUACCUCCUUUUUCCAAGAUGGAUGGAUGGACAUGCCUUCGAUUGGUCACUGAUUGUGGCGAGCAUCAUGGGAUAUACGACAAUUGUCAUGGUGACUUCGUACAUUUGGCGGCAUACAAAGCAGCGCAUGCAACGAAAACAUCAAAUAUUCGUACAGCCGAUGUACUGCGGCGUUCUGCUAGAACAGUCGUUGCUCCUGAACAGACAGAAAGAAAAGGGUGACACUAAGGCAAUCGAUGUCAAGAUGAAGGAGAGCAAGGUGCCGACAUCGGACAACAUCGAGAUGUCACAACCCGGAGAGCAGGGCUCCCAUAGCCCUCUGCGAAAAGACGACACACCUUUCAUAUACGUUUGCGCCACCAUGUGGCAUGAGACCGAGAACGAGAUGACACAGAUUAUCAAGUCGCUGUUAAGACUGGACAAAGAUCAGUGCUCUAGGGUGCGCUUUCAAGAGGACUUCUCUGGUGCCAGCGAUCCAGACUAUUACGAAUUUGAGGCCCACAUAUUCUUUGAUGACGCGUUUAAAAAGUCACGCGCUAAUGUUUACGUAAAACAACUGAUGAAGACGAUCGAUGAUGCAAUCAGUUCCUUCCACACUGAUUAUAUAAAGAUCCGGCCUCCAAAAAAGAUCGUUACGCCUUAUGGGGGUCGGUUGGUGUGGCGACUGCCCGGGCGUAACAAGCUGAUCGCGCAUUUGAAGGACAGCGAAACAAUACGUCACCGGAAAAGAUGGAGUCAGGUGAUGUACAUGUACUACUUCCUGGCCUAUAAACGGCUCUCGAUUGGUGAGGGGAAGGAGCGCAUGGCCGACAACACGUUUAUCCUCGCACUCGACGGCGACGUCGACUUUCAGCCGUCAGCGCUGCAGCUGCUCUUAGACCGAAUGCGGCGGAACACGAACGUCGGCGCCGCGUGUGGCAGAAUACACCCGAUCGGUUCCGGACCUAUGGUCUGGUACCAGAAAUUCGAAUACGCAGUCAGCCAUUGGCUCCAAAAGGCAACCGAGCACGGGCUAGGCUGCGUCCUGUGCAGCCCCGGAUGUUUCAGCCUCUUCCGGGGCUCCUCCCUUAUGUUCGUCAUGAAGCGCUACACGACGCCACCUACAGAGGCACGCCAUUAUGUGCAGUAUGACCAAGGAGAAGACCGCUGGUUGUGCACGCUACUGCUUCAGCAAGGAUACCGCGUGGAGUACUGUGCCGCAUCGGACGCUCUGACGUACGCACCGGAAGGAUUCUACGAGUUCUACAACCAGCGCCGCCGUUGGACUCCCUCCACCAUGGCAAACAUCCUUGACCUUCUCAUGGACUUCAAGAACAUCACCAAGCGCAACAGCGAAAUAUCAAUGCUUUACGUCUGCUACCAGGUGCUUCUCAUGGUUUCCUCCAUCCUCACGCCAGGCACCAUCUUCCUUAUGGUCCUCGGUGCCAUCAACAUAGCGUUCCCUCAACUGUCCCUAUACUGGGCUCUCGUACUCAACCUAAUCCCUGUCGCCAUCUUUAUCCUCUUGUGUUUCGUUGCCAAGAGCGAAAUUCAACUUGCUUAUGCCGCCAUCUUAUCGACGGUCUACUCGUUGGUGAUGAUGCUGGUGAUAGUUGGGCUUAUAAAGCAGGCGGCAGAGAACGGCUUCUGUUCCGUCAUCAACAUCUUUUUGUGCUUUGUCGCUGGCGUAAUGAUCGUUUCUGCUUUAAUUCAUCCUCAGGAGUUCUGGUGUAUCGUCCACGGGUACCUCUACUUCCUCGCCAUCCCCUCAAUGUCGAUGCUGCUGAUGCUUUACUCCAUCGGAAACCUGCACGUGGUGUCCUGGGGAACCAGGGAGGAUCCGAAGCCUACCGCAGAUCAAAAGCCAGGCGAGGCCGAUCAAACCCCGCCCCAAAAGAAAUGGUCGAUGCAGGGAUUGCUGGACAAGAGCGGAUUGUCGAGGUGUGUUUGUUGCCCACAAGAGACGCCGGACACCGUAGAUAUGAAACUGAGCGCUAUCUUGGAACGCCUGGAUGACCUUGAAGCUAAGCUCGUUGAUCCGUCCUCCGAUCACAAGACAAAUGGAAAUGAGUCGGAAGCAUCAGACUUGUUCAAAGAUACCAAAGAGAGAAACGCAGAUGACAACAGCAACCGUGUGCAACAUGGACCGGGUCAAUGGACACAGGACCCUGAUUUCCAGAAGAGCAUAACCGAAAUACUCCCCAUCGAGGAAGUGACCUUCUGGCGAGAGCUUAUCGACACUUACCUGUUUCCGAUUGAAGUUGAUAAGAAGCAACAGAAGAAAACGGAGUCGGAACUGAUAGAACUGAGAAACAAGGUGUGUCUAUUCUUCCUCCUCGUGAACGCACUCUUCGUGACGAUCGUCUUCUCCCUACAGCAAGUGAACGCCGACUCCGGCGGCAACAUCUCCAUACAGUUGCCCUGCGCCGCCGGAGGACGCGGGGCGUCCAUUGAGCCCAUCAGCAUCGCGUUCACCGCCGUGUUUGGGGUACUCCUGACAAUACAGUUUCUAUGCAUGUGUAUUCAUCGGAUGUCCACGUUCCUUGAAAUACUCUCCAUAACGGAACUUGGACUAUUCACGUCGAAACGCGCGCAGACAUCCAAAGACUCCACUGUCCCGGUCAAAGACGGACUGAAGUUAGUUCAAAAUAUGCUGACGGUAAAAGACGACGACUUAAAACCAGAAGAUCCUUCAGUCGGAAAUGUUGCAGGAUUUACAGCCGCCACAGACGACACGGACGAAGCCGGCGUGAUGCAGAAUGUCGUACGCCGGAAAGAGCUGUUGUCCACUCUGACCAGUCGGCGUCGAGUUGACAAAGUGUACAGCUCGCUUAACACUACAUACGUGAAAAACUUAAAAAAAUUACAAUCCGAAGAAACACACAGACAAGGGUUCAAAUCCGACCGGGGAGAGUUUGGAAAAAUUGACCCCAAGACUGUCCACGCAAUGGCCCGGAUGUCAAUGGACCCCAGAAACAAAAGAUCUAUUAUGCAACGAGGUGUCGUCGUCUCCAAAAGUAGGGGUAUAGUGACCCGAAGCGCAAAAAAUGAAUAUUCAAAUGUAUCCUCCUCCGGAUCAUCGCAAGUAACAGCCGGCGAAAUUACUGACAGCCCAUCGAAGGACAAGUUCGAUGAGAGGACCAGUAACGGAAUGGAGUCCGAAAAUGCGUCCAGUAAGCUUUAAGCUUGCAUAAACAAAUGUGAUCACAGACGAAAGAUAUUUUAAGUACGAUACUGAAAAACUAACACAAACUUAAACGCCAAAUCCAUUAUAAUAUACAUCAGGGGUAGAAUUCUAAGCGCUCAUCAGUCACCUUACACGUAAAAGAGAACAAACGCUGCUGAACAUACAUGACAUAAUUGAACAUGUAUCAUACUAGUGUUUGUGCCAGCAUUUGAUAUUGUACAUAAAAUGAGAGCAAACAUAACGCAAUGAUUGUAGCUGCAAUAAAACAUCUGAAGCAAUUAACCAUAUUGAUGAUACAUUAUUAACGAACAGUGUUUAAUUUUAAAAUACUUAAACAUUUAUGUUACUUUGAAUGUAUGCUUCUGAUGUAUUUGUUUACCAGUUUGUCUUAUAAAUCAUUAUUCAAGACUCCUGGCGUUGUAUGAUUGUAAUCUACUUUGUAUUGUUAUUAAAACUCUUAUUUAG